AUGUGGUUAGUCAGUGAGCGUCGGGGCCGAGCCGACGGCGACGGCGAGCACGAGGUUAGAGGCGCGGAGCCGCGCUGCAACUUUAGCAAAGCCGGCAGCACGGUGGAGUUUAAGAGCGGGGCGUGCGCGGGGGCCGGUGAGCCGCCCGCGCCGCCACUAGCCUCGCUGCCCGAUCCCCAGCAAUUCAACAUCUUCCCGGCCUUCUUCAGCCGCCAGCUGAACUUUAGCAGUGGCGGUGGCGCGGGACAAGGGGCUAAAAUCAUGGAGGAGCUCAGACCCAACUUGGUUGGGGGGCUUCUGGGUGUCCCGGGGUUGUUGGACGAGCAUCAGCACGAUGCUAAGUUCCUUACGGGUGCAGAAAGUAAAUAUACACCUGAUAAGGGGAGAAAGUGCAGUAAUGCCUCCAGUUCAUCAGCAGAAGAAUUUGGUGGGCUGUAUGGUGGGGAGCAUGCUGCUACGCCCCCAGCGCCAACAAUCAGUCGUUCCCUACAGGACCAUACAGCGGAAGGUGCAUUCAAGAAACUAAAGCCGGAGCCUGGUGGGAAUGGAACUGGCUCUGGGAGCUCAGCCUUAUCACCUUCGCUGGGACCUCAACAUGCGGGACAUACUCCAACAACUGCCUCAUGUCCUACACCUGCAAGGCGAAGACAUAGGACUACUUUUACACAGGAACAAUUAGCAGAAUUAGAAGCAGCAUUUGCGAAGUCACACUAUCCCGAUAUUUACUGCAGAGAGGAGUUAGCGAGAACGACAAAGCUUAACGAAGCGAGGAUACAGGUCUGGUUUCAAAAUCGCCGAGCAAAAUACCGUAAACAAGAGAAGCAGUUGCAGAAAGCGUUAGCUCCAGCGGUGCUUCCAGGCUGCAAUGGUAUGAUGAGAAACAUCCAGGGAUACCGAGGUUACCAGCCCUACCCGCACCCAAAUACUAUCAAUAGGUAUCCACAGCAUCAUGGAAGUUAUGAAGAGUUGCAGAAGGACAUCUUCUCUUUAUCUCAGAUGGGUGGAGGAUCAUACCCCAUGCCUCAAGGUUUCUCAAUGGGUCACAGUGCGAAUAUGAGUGCGGUUGGCAUGCGACAAGAUACUAUGGGUAUGACCGCGGAGGACGAAUGGUACAACAAGUCACUAUCAGCAUUACGUAUGAACACAGGGCACCAUGCAAACCUGGCCGCAGCGCCGAUGCUCCAGUACCAGACCUAAUCGCUGCUCCACGGCGCUGAUUACUCGGCGCCGGCGCACGAUUACGCGCCAUAACUGAA